AUGGGGAGAAGCCUGCCGUGCUGCUGUCCAUCCCUGAUCCCCAGCAGGGAGACCGCUCACUUCUACCUGCUCGGCGUCCUCAUUGCUCUUUACAUGCUGGCUGGUGCGGCCAUUUUCUCCUCACUGGAGAGACCGGCAGAGAUCCGGGCCCACAGGCUCUGGGAACGCAGGCUGAAGAAGUUCAGCCAUGACUAUAACGUGAGCUGUGAAGAGCUGAAAUCACUGCUGCUCUACUACGAGGAGGCCCGGACCGCAGGUAUCCGGACAAACCGGGGCAGAGCCUUGUGGGACGUCCCGGGUGCUUUCUACUUUGUGGGAACUGUCGUCUCUACUAUUGGAUUCGGAGUGACGGCGCCGUCCACCAUGCUGGGGAAGGUCUUGCUGGUGUUCUACGGAUUGCUGGGCUGUUCAGCUACAAUGCUCUUUUUCAACCUGUUCCUUGAGAGAGUCAUCACGCUACUCGGCCUCCUGAUACUCUGGUGCUACGCAAAAAGAAGAAGACUCUGUCGGCCAAAAGGCAGAAACAGUGAAAGUAACAGAAAUGAGGACUGGAAACCGUCAGUCUAUCUGAUCACAUUGUUACUUUUUCUUGCUGCUAUGCUGGUUACGUGCAGCGCUGCCUCUCUCUAUUCGGUGAUGGAAGGGUGGACAUACUUGGAGUCACUGUAUUUCUGCUUUGUGGCGUUCAGCACUGUGGGCUUUGGGGACUUUGUAAGCAGUCAGAGAAAACAUCAUGAGAAGACUUGGGCAUAUCAGGUUGCCAACUGUCUUCUUAUGCUUCUGGGAGUGUGUUGCACUUACUCCCUCUUUAAUGCCAUCUCUGUGAUUAUGAAACAAGGUCUGAACUGGAUCCUGACGAUGCUGACUUGGAUGUAUAACUGUAUGAAACUCUGCACAGACAGCAAGAGCAAGCAGCGCCCUGCUCAGGCCCAAGCAUGCUGUGGCGAUCGUGUGUUCCCAGUGCUCUUGGUAAAUGCUUCUGUGAUGAAGCUAAAGUCGAAACAGUAUGCCACAACAGCAAAGAUGAAGGAGAUUAUGGAAUACAAGAACAGAAAGGUGAUCCAUAUUGUUAACGGGGACGGGACAAAUCUGGCACGGGAUGCGGGUGUCGGGGUGAUUAACUACCCCGUCAACACCAUCUUCUCACAGGUGGAUGUGACCCUGGGUGACAGACUCAUUUCUCAAUCCAGCGCUACUCAUCCGUACAGAGCCAUCAUCGAAACCCUGCUGAACUUUUCAGACGCAUCUCUGAAAAGCCAGUUCACAGCAGCUCUCUGUCAGGACGGGAGACAGAUCCCUUCGAAAGCUUUCCAGCCACGAUUUGACCAAAGCAUUUCGGUCAGAGAGUUUUACAAUCUGUACACCGCCACCGGGAGACACCUGAAAGAUUUACCUCUAUGCAUCGACAGGGACGAUUUUGAAAACGGCUAUAGCUUAUUUGUUUUUAAUCUAAACCCUGACGAGGACGUGGAAGCUCUGAACCCCAUUUCAAGCGGAACUUUAAGACUGGAGAUGAGAUUCAGGGUCCCCUUACCGCAUACAGCGACUCUGGUGGUUUACGCAGCGUACGAUACUAUCCUCGAGAUCAAUUCGAAACGACAGGUGCUGGUGGAUUAUUACUGA